CCAUUCUUGAAAAGACAUGAACUUUUGACUCCAUGCAAGACCAACAACAGCAACACCAGCAGCAGCAAACCUUAUUGGGAGAGCCAUCAGAAACAACUGGAACAGAGACAGGGACAGAGACAGGGCUUGUUCCGUGGAAAUAUUGUAAUGUCUAUGCCAAUAACAGAAGCCCUGAGCGACUCUUUGUCUUUUUAGGACACUCAAUUUUUAUCCAACAACGUCUUGAUGAGGAAGUGACUAUUGAUCAAAAUACAGGAAACGUGGUCUGGGAUGGUGCUUAUUUAAUGGCCAGAUACUUGGAGACAUGGGUCAAGGAUUUGCAAGGAAAGACAUGCUUGGAGUUAGGGGCUGGUACAGGGCUUGUCAGUAUUGUUGCUUGGCUAUUAGGCGCAAGUCAUGUUCUUGCAACAGAUUUAGCUGGGCCUCAUAUAGAGCACGUAGAGAAGAACACCUCCUUCAACACAAAGCGGAUUGCAUCUGAACGUCGACAGGCUCUUCAGGAAGCACAAAUAUUCGCGCAUGAUUCCACGGCAUCCAUCAUGCGGAGAAGGGCUAUACAGAGGAAACGAGAUAGGCUUCAGACGAUCGAACUCAAGAGUCAAGAUCUUCGUGUUGCUCCUCUUGACUGGACCUCACCUACACUUCCAGAGGGUACACCAUUCCAGGGACCGUUUUCAUACAUCUUCUGUUCCGAGAUCUUGUAUCUUCCACAACUCCAUCGGGCAUUACUCAAGACAUUAACAAAGUUUGCGGACAACCACACGAUCGUCAUUCUCUUGUGGAAAAAGCGUGGACUGGGCGAAGAACGGUUCUUUGAGAUUGUAUCCAAAUCCAAAGCAUCCCUGGGCUGGCAUGUGGAAUUUCUGGAUAACAAAAGAGUUUUGGAUUCAGAGUUCGAGGACCAACCUUAUGGAAUAGCACGAAUGACUAGGAUAGGGAAUACACCAAUAUGACCACUGCUUAUGCGAAAGUGUCGCUAUUUAGCGCGUAAAGUGAAAUAUUUGAUGUUUGUAAUGACAACAAUAUGGUAUAAAGAAAGAAUAUAUAUAUAUAUAUAUAUAUAAAACCAGAUCAGGGUCAUGGCCCAUUGCUCAAACUCCCACCAUCCAUUGGUUAUGAUGUAAUAACCAUACGUUUUGCGACCCAUUGAUAAACACUGC